ACUCGAAGGAACCAUGUGGCCCAUUCUUUGGGCGACCGUACGGGCCUAUGCCCCAUACGUCACUUUCCCUGUGGCCUUCGUGGUAGGGGCGGUGGGCUACCACCUGGAGUGGUUCAUCCGUGGCCAGCCGCCCCCGCAGCCGCCCGAAGAGGAGAAGAGCAUCUCCGAGAGGAGGGAGGACCGCAAGCUUCAGGAGAUUGCUGGCAAGGACCUCACCCAAGUGGUCAGCCUUAAGGAGAAGCUGGAAUUUGCCCCCAAAGCUGUACUCAAUCGGAACCGGCCGGAGAAGAGCUAGC